GGUCUUUGCGGUGGUUAGAGCGGGCAGCAAGGUCCAGCGGCGCGGUCCCCUCUCUGCACACAGCUGGGCUGUCUGUCCGCGCGCUCUCCGACCAGAGAUGCCUCGCUCCUUCAUGGUGAAGAGCAAGAAGGCGCACAGUUACCACCAACCCCGGAGUCUGGAGGAUGACUACAGCAAGCUGGACACAAUACUGGCGCACAUUUGCUCAGACUCCGACAAGCUCCAAGAGGACUCCGACGUGUCGGUGGACAGGUACGGCCUCUCUCCGGACUCCGCCUCCGCCGACGCGGCGGAUUUCUCCCCGAAGUCGCCGCAGAGCCUUGCGGACAGUCUGUGCGGCCGCUCCCCGGUCUACGAGGACUUCUGGAUGCCCCCGUCCCCCUCCGCCUCCCCAGUGGAUUCUGAGAAAUCCCUGUCUCCUCUGGUGGAUGAGACGCGGCCCUUCGCCAUUCCCUUCCGGCCGUACGCCUGGAGCAGCUACACGCCGCCGGGGCUGAGGCCCCUGGUGCAGCAGGGCCUCCACACGGGAAGGGCUCCGGCGGCGUUGGCCUUCUACGGAGACCGGAGCGCUCACUCGGCCCUGUACGCAGACAACACCACGGGCGAGGAGACGUACGGUGACUACAGGAGGCACAAUGCUGCCCUGCUGUUCCCCGACGGAGGCCUGCAGGAAAAAGCGCGCAGCGCGAAGGCGCAGUCGGACCUGCUGUGCUCCAGUCUGGUCAUCAAUGGCGCUUACAAGUGUAUCAAGUGCAGUAAGAUGUUUUCCACUCCGCAUGGGUUGGAGGUCCACGUGCGCAGAUCGCACAGUGGCACCAGGCCGUUUGCGUGCGAAAUCUGCGGCAAAACGUUCGGACACGGCGUCAGCCUGGAACAACACAAAGCUGUGCACUCUCAGGAGAGAAGUUUCGACUGCAAGAUUUGCGGCAAAAGUUUUAAGAGGUCGUCCACCCUGUCGACGCACCUGCUCAUCCACUCCGACACCAGGCCGUACCCCUGCCAGUACUGCGGGAAGAGGUUCCAUCAGAAGUCCGACAUGAAGAAACACACGUUCAUCCACACAGGUGAGAAGCCACACAAAUGCCAGGUGUGCGGGAAAGCGUUCAGCCAGAGCUCCAACCUCAUCACGCACAGCCGGAAACACACCGGGUACAAACCGUUCUGCUGCGACCUGUGCGGCAAAGGCUUCCAGAGGAAAGUGGACCUGAGGAGACACAAAGAGACGCAGCACGGGCUCAAGUGAAGCCGCCCCGUGCACACAUGACGUCAUGUAACUUUUGUAUUGGACUAGUUAUUCGGAUUAUAAGGAGUGAGGACAUCUGACAAAGACAUUUUUUAUUCCAAUCGCCUGAGGACAAUUCUUGGAUCAGGACUCGCUUUGGUCCGCUUCGGGAAAGUCUUAAUGUAAAAAAACUGCUUUGGGAAUUUACAUAUAUAUAAAUAUAUAUAUAUAAUUAUCUCCUCCAAAAGGCAGAUUAUUUAUUUAUUUUAAUAACGAAGACUCACGAAUAAGAGUUGUUCUGGCGGAGAUUUUGGAGACACUAAUUAUUCAACCAUCCUGCCGAUUGAUAUAAAGGUCCAGAAAAACCAGGGAUAAGCUGUGAAUUGUGCUGAAGCGUAAUUAAAUAUAUCAUGUUUGAACGAGUCAGCCAUUGGGCAUUGAACCCAAAAUAGUUGUCACGGUGAAAGAACCGGAUCGACCAUUUGAAGCCAACAGAGAUGGAAAUCUGCGCUUCUUCAAAAAAUCGAGGUAUUUUGGUUUUAGUGUGGAGACAUGCUGGCAAAACAGACUGUGUGAUUUAAUAAACAGGAGGGUUACUGCCGUACUCAAGAAAGUUUCCACUUUGCACAUUUUAUUGCCGUGAUGAAUACAUAUUUCCCACAGGAA